AUGGAUCCCGAAGCUCUCAAGCACUAUCUGGCUGAUAGCCCGCCUACGGUUGUGCCGCUGGCCAUCAAGCCUCACUUUGAAGCUCUCAACGACCAGCAGAAGCUCUACUCCCACUACCUCUCCAUGUCAGCCUACCCCACGCCUGCCCAUCUGCCCGUCAUUGUCGGCGGGGGCUCGCCUGAGCUGUGCAGAGCUGCAGUACAUCGCCAGGAUGCCAGCGAAACACGUGAAGACAUUUGCGUAGUGAAGCUGAGCUAUGCUUGCUUCGCCGGUACGCGCAUUGUCCUCCGCCAAAUUUCCCCCGAGUCCGAGCACAUAUACGAUUUCAUCGUCACCCUCCACCGUCAUUACAACGGAGAUUGGAAGAAGGCUCAGAAGGAUGCCGGCCUCUCGGACGACGAGCUCAACGCGUUCUUGGACUACGCCGCUCAGUUCCUGGGCAACGCCGGUAACUACAAGAGCUUUGGUGACUCCAAGUUCAUCCCGCGUCUCGAAUCCAGGCAGCUGAAGGCUCUCGCCACUCUGACCCCCGAAUCGCUGCAGCUGUACGAAAAGUUCAAGAACGACAUCUUCGCGGACAAGCAUGUUGGGACGAUGCAUUUGGGAUACCCCGAUGCGGGCCACCUGUCUACGUACUACCCCGACUCCCCCGAUAUCACUAAGGAGGAGAUCACCAUCAUCAGUGAUUUCUUGGAGAACAAGAGACUUCUUCCCGAGAACACUAGGAUCAGGAAGACUAAGGAUGGUUUCGAUGUCCUGAUUGCAUCUUCGCUGGACUCGCCCUCGCAGGACCAGCGCGACAUCAAGGAGUCUGAGUGGGAGCUGGAUGGCAAGCUCAAGGGCAAGAAGCUCAAGCUUGUCUUUGGCGACUACUCCAAGGAGAUGGCCACGAUUGCUGAUGCGAUCAAGAAGGCGAGACAAUACGCUAGCAACGACACCGAAAAGUCAAUGUUGGACGCGUACGAGAAGUCGUUCACCACUGGCUCUCUGGAGGCCUACAAAGACAGCCAGAGGUUCUGGAUUCGGGACAAGGGUCCCAUGGUCGAGACAGACAUCGGCUUCGUUGAGACCUACCGUGACCCUCACGGUAUCCGCGGCGAGUGGGAAGGCUUCGUGGCUAUGGUCAACAAGGAAAGGACCAGGGCCUUCGGUAAACUGGUCGAGGCUGCCCCGUCUCUCAUUCCUCGCUUGCCAUGGGAGAAGGAGUUCGAGAAGGACAAGUUCCUCAGCCCCGACUUCACGUCCCUCGAGGUUCUCACUUUUGCCGGCAGCGGCAUUCCGGCGGGUAUCAACAUCCCCAACUAUGACGACAUCCGUCAGAAGGAAGGAUUCAAGAACGUGAGCUUGGGUAACGUUCUCUCUGCAAAGGCGCCGAAUGAGAAGAUCCCGUUCAUCAAAGACAGCGAUGAUGAAGUCUACAGGAAGUUCCGUGACCCCGCUUUUGAGGUCCAAGUCGGCCUUCACGAGCUGCUUGGUCACGGAUGUGGUAAGCUCUUGCAGGAGACUUCUCCCGGUGAAUACAACUUCGACAUCAAGAACCCUCCCAUCAGCCCCCUGACCAACAAGCCGAUCACUACCUGGUACAAGCCUGGCCAGACUUGGGGAUCGGUGUUCGGUCCAGUUGCUGCCAGCUACGAAGAGUGCCGUGCAGAGUGCGUGGCCAUGGCCCUGUCUUGUGAUUUUGACAUUCUCAAGAUCUUCGGUUUCGGCUCUGGCGAGACGGACAUCAAUGGCGAGGCGGGUGAUGUGCUGUAUGCAGGAUACCUCAGCAUGGCUCGUGCGGGUGUCGCUGCGCUUGAGUUCUGGGACCCCAAGUCGCGCAAGUGGGGACAGGCUCACAUGCAGGCGCGUUUCUCGAUCCUGCGUGUAUUCUUGAACGCCGGCAAGGAGUUCUGCGAGCUUGAGUACACGAAGGAUGACCUGUCAGACCUCACAAUCCGCCUUGAGAGGAGCAAGAUUCUGAGCCUCGGUCGCCCGGCUGUGGAGAAGUACCUCCAGCAGCUGCACAUCUACAAGGCAACGGCGGAUGUCGAGAAUGGCACCAAGAUGUACAAUGACAUCACCCAUGUCGACGAUUUCUUUGCCGACAAGGUCAGGCCUGUCGUGCUUGCUAAGAAGCAGCCGAGGAAGGUGUUCGUCCAAGCCAACACGGUGGUGGAGGGUGACAAGGUGGCUCUGAAGGAAUACGAGGCUACUGCGGAGGGUAUGAUCCAGAGCUACGCGGAUAGGGAGUACAUCUAA